AUGCCUGCUGCUGUUCAGUCUGCAGCUACGGGUACGCAGCAGCCAAGUGGUGGCGCUGCAGCAGCUGGCGUACCUGCUGCAGCAGCUUCUUCCGCAGCACCUGCUGCCUCUCCGUCUGGAGCUGCAGCUGCUGCACCUGCAGUUGCUGCUGGUAAAGCUACGGGAACCCCGCUGGCUGCUGCUGCCGGUGUUCAAGUGCAGCAGCAAGCUGCAGCAACGCAGAGUGCUGCUGCUGCCAAGCCAGCUGGCAUCAGCGUCCACAGCCCACGCGGCAAUUUCCUGCAGCGAAGAGGGCCCGCGAAACGCAGGGACUCAACUACUCUGCGAAGAGUCAAUGCAACUUUGCACAACGACUGGGUUUCUUAUGGAGGACUUUCCGGUUCAGAGCAGCAGUUUGUUGCAGGAAGCAGCAGCUCGAGGGCUCUUAGUGCGGGAGACCAGCUGUCUGCGAGCAGCGGACUCGGGCAGUGGCGGACGCUGCUGGCCCACAGCGACUGCGAAGGCUUCUCUCUUGUUGUCGAUCCGAACGACGAGCUGAUCUUCGAACAGACCUGCCACCCCUACCAAGUCAAGAGUGGCUUCAAGCCAAAGCUGGGCGGUGAGCAGCAAAGAGUGACAGCAGCAGCAGCAACUGGAAUGCGAAAAGAAAUUCAGAAAGAUUCGACGCCGCCGCAACUUUCUCCACCACGAAGCGUCUAA